CUAUCAACUUUCAGAUAAAUCUAUUAGUACAAUACCACAAUCAUGUCAUAACUUGAAAGAAUUCCAUUUUUACGGUUCCAAAAGUAUCGCUAAUCAGACAAUAAAUGAAUUAGAAAGGUCAUGUCCAAAAUUAAGAUGUCUCACAAUUUUGAGUAUUUAUUCAGAUA